CUCGGUAAUUGCACAAUGCAGCUGGGCGGGCGCUAGUCGUCUAAGAGUUUAGCUGCAAGGAAGGAGUGAGCUUUUCUACAGGUACGGGCUGGAUUGGAGGGUGGCAGAGUUGCACAGUGCUGCCGGAUUGAAAAACAUAGAGGGACGCUUCCCUCUUGCAUUCUUGGAAAGCCUUUUCUUUGAAUCGAGGCGCGUUAGUGAAAUAUGCAUAGCUGCUCAUAAUCAGACAUCUCAAUUUGGCUAAUAAGGGUUUCUAAAGCCUGCUGGAAGUUGUCAGUAUGUGGUCGGCCAGGGCGCGAUGGAAAGUCUGCAGUGGGACUCUGGACUCUGCAGUGGUGCUAACCCAGGGUAGUCAUGCAGACUGGGAAGAUGUAGAGGGAAACGAGCCUGUGCAAGCCAGUGAGCGCAUGAUCCUGGGUCAGCCGGACCAACCGGCUCCUUGUGAGAUCACCAUAGACUUCCCGGAAACCUCCUUCUUUGUCUCCCUCAUCAAGCUCUCCAGCACAGCACGAACCUGCGAGGUCUACUCCCGCAAACUCGGCAGCCAAGACCACGAGUACGUCUGCACGGUCCGCGGAGUGGAGCAGAAGGCCCCCCCAACCCCCCCAACUAGCCGUCAGGAAACCUCCCCGAGCCCCCCAGCGAUUGCCACCCUCACAAAGCCGAGUAGUCUGGAGUCCCGGCCGGAAGCCUCUACUUUUCCUCCCCCCCGAGAGACAAGCCAUGAAACACCGCAAGAGAGUCAGGAGGGGCAAUCGGAUGGGUCUUCCGGCCCUGAGUCCAGACCUCACCGUUCACCCCCCACAGUAAAACCAGCAGAAACGUCGGUGCCCCUUUACUCCUGUGGCAUCAAGCUUGCGAGGGGGCCAGCGCUCACGUCUCUCCGUCUCAAGUUUGUCUCUCUUCAGAACAAGGCCGAAUUAAAAAUCGACCCUAUCAGAAUCUAUGCUUCUCGAGGCCCGACGUCGGUGGCGCCUCCGCGUCUGACCGGCAGUUCGCUUUCUGCGCUUGCGCCCCUGUUACCUGCUUUAGGGCCGCUCUUUAGCAGCGGAGUCCCGGGGAUCCCUCAGUUGCCCGGUGCCUUUUCACACCUCCUUCCGCCUGAACAUAGUGCAAUCAACCUGGAGGCUCGCCAAAGCAACCGCACCGGGGUGGAAGAGAUGAGUAGCAGUCCAGCACAAGCGAACAAUGGGAGUGUGAAUAAGGGCGCAGCGAGCGGUGGCCGUUCACACCCUGCAAUUCCGGAGGGGCUGGCUCAGCUUAUGGCGUCGAUGCAGGGCUUGAAAGCAGGGAGGAGGAAUUCACACCUACCCGGUGCGGCUCACCUAGGUUCAGCAAGCGGAGCUAGUGGAAGUGCUCAGCGGCCGCCGGUGAACCUAUCCGCGCUGAUGGCGGCGAUCGGUAACAGCAGAGGCGUUUUGCCCAACGGAGUUACGCCUAAUCAAGAAUCCGUUUCUGAUAAGGCAGAGCUGUUGGGGACAGAGAAGGGAAACGAUCCUCAAAAUGUAGAUGGAAAAAAGUGCAGAAAUGAGGCCACACAUCAAAAAGAGAAUGUAAGUGGCGGGUCAGCGGAGCAGGGAGCGACUCUAGGGGCGAUUCUGCGGAGGUUGGAGGGUUUGGAGGGCACAUGCCUCAGGAUUGAGAGGGCGGUCACGGGCGCGCUGAGCGGAUUCGAUGCGCGGCUGAGGCGUCUGGAGGAACGGGAUGCUGCAAGGGGGGGGAGUGUGAAUGGGGCCAAAGGCGUCAGCGAAUGGGGACAUCGGGCUGAGGCUUCGGGAGUGAAUGGGCACAGCGGCACUGAUGAGCGGAAAGCGGCCGGGGAGGUGUCGAGCGCAAGGAAUAACUCUGAGAUUUUGGGGGAGUCUGCAGUGACGAAAGCUGGAGGUGGUGAGCGGGGAAGCUUGGGGAACCGGUGUCAAGCAGUAGACGGACAGGCGAACGGGGGCGCUUCGGAGGCACCGGAGUUCGAAGGCAUAGAAACGGAGCCCGUGAGGAGCGCUCGCCGUCUUGCAAAAGGUGUUGGGCAGGUUACGCAAGGGGAGGGACUUCAUGGGGCGCCUCUGGAACGGGCCGUUGCAGCAAGCGAAGGAGGGGGAGAGCGGAUACCCCCCGAAACGGGGGCGAAAAUUUCAGAGACGGUACCCUAUGAGGAAGCGGAGCUGACGACGGAGCUGUAACGGUCUAGCGGCCCUUCUUUCGACGUGGGAGCUUGUCCGGGGUGUUUGCGAAGGGCAUUCGGGACGAGGGCAGUGUGCAUCCGGACAAGUGAGAAGUGCACGUCGGCCUAGCAGAAAGAGUUUUGGAACCCACCCUCCGAACCGGUUCGAAGGCGUGCUUUGUUAGGCCCAGAUCGACCGGCGGUUUUGAAGUAUCGACCUUGCAGUCAGAGAUGCCAUAUGAUCGCUUCUGCUUAUCCACACUUUGACACCAAACACCAAACAGAGCCGUGAAUAGGAGUGAGCGAUUCUAUCUAGACGGUUGGCUUGUCAACAGAUUGCUGUUCAGUAUCCCAUCACUCAGUGUGCAAGUCGCCAGUGUUUGUCGUUGUGGACUUUCCUAAGGAGAAGUCCAGUACACUCAUCAUCGCGUCCACCGGGCGGCCGCCAAGGUGACCCAGUUCUGCCGGGUAGGUUUUAGUACACACGCAGGCUCCGGUCGCAUCAUUGUGUGCCGCGUGGGCCUUGAUGCGAGCCGAC